UUCAGGUGCAGCUGAUCCGAGUGAAGCUGAUUCAGAGCGGCGUCGACAACACACCGGGCGGCCACAUGCUCCGAAAAAUAUGGGUGACGUGAUUGAUGUGAGAAAUUCUUGCUAUUACAAUGAAAAUGUUGUCUUCUUUUAUGACAACGUGAAGAAGAACAUCAGCAAAGAAUGGACUGCGCGGGACGGGUGCGUUAUUGGACUGGGCUUGACGGUAUGCGUGAUUGUAGUCCUGGCCAACCUGCUGGUGAUGGUAGCCAUCUUCAUGAACCGCCGUUUCCACUUCCCCAUCUACUAUCUCCUGGGCAACAUGGCUGCGGCAGAUCUGUUUGCAGGCGUCGCCUACGCUAACCUCAUGUUGAACACGGGCCCCUGGACCAGAAUGCUCACGAAGAAGCAGUGGUACAUCCGAGGGGCUUUGGUCGACAUGAGUCUGACUGCUUCUGUUGCCAACCUGCUGGCCGUGGCGGUGGAGCGCCACCAGACCAUCAUCACCAUGCAGCUGCACAGCAACAUGUCCAAACGCCGCGUGGUGCUGCUGAUCAUCUGCAUCUGGGCCACGGCCAUCAUCAUGGGUCUGGUCCCCUCGGUGUUUUGGAACUGUGAAUGUGAUCUGGAGGACUGCUCCACCGUCGCUCCCCUCUACAGCCGCCGCUUUCUCAUUUUCUGGGCCGUUCUCAACCUUCUCACUUUCUUUAUCAUGGUGGCCAUGUACGCCCGGAUCUUCAUCUAUGUGAAAUGCCAGAGCCGGUACACGUCUCAGCACACGUCAGAGAUGCGACAAAACCAGACAAUUGUAAAUCUGAUGAAAACCAUCUCCAUGGUUCUGGGUGCCUUUGUGAUCUGCUGGACGCCCGGGCUCAUGACGCUCUUGCUGGAUGGAUUACUGGGUGAAGCCAGCAAUGCCAACACCUAUGAGAAAUUUUGUUUGGUGAUAGCAGAGUGUAACUCGCUGGUAAAUCCUAUAAUUUAUUCUCUACGAGACGAUGAGAUGCGGAGCACGUUCAAGUGCAUCUUGUGCUAUCUGUGUCGAGGAAGUGCACAUCAACAGAGCGGGACUUCACCUACUGAACUUGACUCUCCGCUCCAAGAGCACACGCUUGGCUGUGUACAGAAGUUGGAAGAUCAUGCCUUAUGGAAAUCUCCAGACACCAACAGAAAAAAUGACAGAUGGACUGUGUCUGGGGUAUAAUGGGGGAGGGAAGAAAGAAGAAAAAAAAACUGUCAUCUAAGAAAACGUGUACAUUUCAGUUUUCUGCUUACAUGUCUGUAAAGUUUGCUUUUUGUAACCAAAAUAAAAAAUCUGAUUUCUAUCAGCAUUAGUGUUCACGUCCAAGGCAAAUUAUUAUAUUCGUCUUUGUGCAGCUAACAGAUUCACGCUAAUCCUUAGGUGGUGCAAUCUCUUUUAUUACAUUUGAGACAAAUUAUAAAAUGAAACACUACUAAAAUCUGAAAUCAAAUACUGAAAAAUCACACUAAAUAUUUUUUUUAUUGAUUUUUCUAAUAAGAACACUACAAUUUGUCAUAUUCUUCCUUUUUGUUUUACUCUUUCUAGAACAAUUCUAAAGUUGAGGUAUAAAAGGAGUUCAUACAGACUCACAAGUCUGAAAACAGUUGGGUUAUAUACAAGAGAAAUGGAAAGACAGAGGUAGAGAGGGGUAAAUACAAGGGAAAGAAAGGGGGAAUACAAAUACUAAUAAAAACAAAGAAAUCAAAAAUGUUUACAAAGCCAUUUGGUGCUGUGAAACCAUGUCACUUGCAGAAUCCACAUACUCAAAAGUAAUUUGACUGUAAAAAUCAAGUUACACUGACAUUUAGGCAGAUAUGCUAUUCUGAUUUAAGUUGAAUGUCAAUAGUAAUGAAUAGUAAAUGAUCACAGAAAUAGAGUGCAGGUUUGAGGAAAGAGCCAGGUUACCGUUACUGAGUAAAGUUUGAAAUACUUCAAAUUCACAGGAAAUGCUCAGUCACUGUUUCCACAGCACCAAAUGGUACAUCCGUAAACACUACAUUGCAACCUGGUUAUGUAACAAAAAGACCUAAAUAAUUCAAACUGAUUAUUGUGAAUCUGGCGAGAUAAGGCCAACAUAAAACCGGCAUCUCAACCAAAUAAGUUUAUAAAAGGAAAAACAAGAAAUAAAAAUACUGAAACAUUACACAAACUGUACAGUGACAUCCAUUACAACAGGUAGAAAAAGAGGGCGGGCAUGAUAAUUUGGUGUGGCAAUAACAUUGUAAGAUACAGUCGGAUCAACUGCAAUGAGUAACAAAAUAAUUAAACGUGGGAUCUCACAUAUGACCAGAUUUCAAGCUCAAGUUUUGCCCCGGAACAUGGUUCAAAGAAGUCUUCAAGGAAAAUGAAAUCUUAAUAAGGCUUACCUUACUAUCAAAAUGCUUUGUUACCCACAUAACAUUGAAUGUAUAAA